CGACCCAACCAUAGCUAACCAACGCCUUAUUUCCCCUUCCUUAAGCAACAGCCUCGCCUGCUUCAAUGUCACCCUCUUCGCUUGAUCGCUCGUCCAUUACUGUGAUCGGUACUCAGUCCGUCAACCUCGCUUCUCGUCGUCUUUCCUCUCUCAACUGAUCACCAAGCUCGACAUCAUGGCUCAACUUCAUUGCCCUAAACAUCCUUCCUUUUCCCAACAUCAUUCUGCGCUGUGACUGACUUUAAAGUUACCAGCUGGCUUGGCCAAGUUCAUCAUCCUGGGAAGACUCAAUUUCCCUCUUCGAGCCAAUCCCGUCUCCUAUUGGCCGUGUACCUCCAAUCACUCGAGGCCACCAGCCCCAAGGCGCCUCGGGCCCCUGUUCUGUGCCUCCUGGAUCGCUCAGUCCGCUUUCCAAGUCCACAGACUUCGGAUUCACACAGUUGAUUCUCAAACAGCCUCAUCAAGCCUCAUCUUGUCCAUGCAGAUCGAGGCAUGGACAUCCACGGGUCUACACCUGCGCACCUUCCUUACGACUUCCCUGGGACUCCAAGCCAACACCAGCCAAAUAUCCAAGGCCCUGACCUUUCACAAUCCUCAGCCGCAGACAGCGCCCAACCUGUCCAGGUCAUCUCAUCUCUGAUCAAUUCUCUCAGUGCCAUCACCGCCGCAGCGAAACAAGACUCGGAUAGAGACGAUUUUGAUCUAAUUCAAUACCAAUCCCAGCUAUCAGCAGCUUUGCCAGCGGCCGAACCAGCAGAAGAUUUGGAACGCGACUCACACAAUCACCCCAUUAUCGAUGAUAGCAGCGACGACCAAGCCGCCGUUGCGCCAGUAAUCCGGUAUGCACGACGCCCACCUGCCCCGCAGAAACGGUCGACAAAGUCUCGAUUUUCCUCCCUCGUCUCCAAUCAACCCUGCCUCACUACCCGCGAGUCACAACAGAGCUUGAGAUCUCGAGCCGAGACCGAAAGUGUCGGCGUUGUUAGCAUCGACCGCAAACGGGGAUCUAGUGCAAGUUCCACCUUCUCACUCCUGAGCGGCUUCAGCGUUCCACGCCGUAGGCUCACCAGCGAAUCCCUCCGCGACAUGGCGACAAGACCAGUUGCUCCAAAACGGCUAUCGUCCGACCGCCGGCGCAGGCCAGAAUCAUUGUCCAACAUUGAGCAAGAAAGAGAUAUGAGAUUUCCAAUUCGCACGUCCUCCCUGGAUGAUUAUUCCGUUCAAGGACACACUGAUGAUCCCGGUGUCGAGGCUUCCAUCUUACCCGUCAUCAAUCGCCUGAGCAAGCUUGACUUGGCCAACCACGCGAUCCCAUCUCGACGUUCAUCUCUCCGGAAAAGCCUAACAGGCGUAAAUGAGCAGUCUGACGCAUACCGAUAUUCUACACCAAAUAACAAACUCAAAGAGCUCAACAUCGACGCCGACCUGAUCGAAGAUGAUAAUUCCACCGUCCGGAGAAUUCGAGAACUCCAGGAGGCCCGUGAACAGCGACAACGAGAAUGGCGCAACGAGGCACGCAAGUCGGAGAAGGCGGCCAAAAGGCACACAAUCGCCACAGCAAAGGUCUCUCGCCGCUCUAGUCCUUACCCGACCUCGAGGUUGUCAGUCACCGAUGUGGUCUUGGAGUCGCCAGAAGUGGACAUAGAGCCCCUGGUAUCGGCCACCGUUACUGCUUCUGAUCUUGCUAUUAUGCCUGCUUUGGUCAGCCAAUCGGAGGAACCUGUUAGACCUCAGCAAUCUAAUUCUAAUGGUACCGCGCCUUCUCUUUCUCGCAACAACAGCACUCGCAUCCACGGGCGAAACCCCGUGCAACCGCUCAAACGAUCUUCAAUCACCAACUCUGUCAAACUUGACAGUAGUCUUUCCGAGAUCAGAGCCAUCUCAGAUGAAGUGGAAUCUUUUCUCGGUGCACCCCGCUUUACCCAGAAGAUCCGACAUCCCCGGACGGGUCGUACGAUUGCAUUUUCCGAGGUGGGAGACCCAGACGGCUUUGUGGUCUUGUGCUGUGUGGGCAUGGGCCUGACCCGCUAUCUUACCGCCUUUUACGAUGAGUUGGCUCGAACUCUGCGCCUGCGAUUGAUCACACCAGAUCGUCCAGGAGUUGGCGAGAGUUCAGCGUUGCCCGAAGCCUCGUGUACGCCGCUCAAUUGGGUGGAUGAUGUCGCUGUCAUCUGUAGUUCACUUGAAAUUACGCGAUUUUCUCUCCUUGCUCACUCAGCUGGCGCCAUCUACGCCCUGGCCGCCGCCUUAAAGAUGCCACAAUUUGUGAGGGGCCGUAUUCAUCUCCUGGCCCCGUGGAUUCCACCAUCACAGAUGCCCAAAGGGGCUGCCCUGGGGCCAGACUCGCAGCCCAUCGCCAAUCUUCCGAUAAGUCACCGGAUAUUGAGUGUACUUCCAGCCCAGAUUCUGAAAGUGGCCAAUUCUCGCUUCUUGACUGCAACGAGUGCUUCGGUCGACGCAAAGCCUCUCAAGAAGAAAAGCAAGCCAUGGGAGAACUUUGAUUUCGCCCUGGAAAACGCCUUCCAGGACGUCGAGAAUGACCCCGCGUUCGGACAGGAUCCGACAGGGAUGGACAAGGAGAAUGUCCAGAAUGGCAAUGUCAAUCGACCACGAAGCGUUUCGUGCUAUGAGACAACUAAUACAAACCUGGGCCUUCAAUCGACAGCUCAUUCAGGUUCAAGUCCUGAAUCACAACGUCAGGGGCAGCUCCCCAACAGGCCGGCCGCGGCUGGUUCACGGCCGGUUUCACCUCGGCUGACUGCUGAAGCCAGGCAGUCCCUGUAUAACCAGUCUCUCACGCACCGGAUCUGGGCACUUGCCACAAUGAAUGCCAAUCCUGCACAAGAUCUAGUGGUAUGCCUGGAACGAAGACGGACGAUUGGAUUCCGCUACGCCGAAGUGACACGUUCGGUGGUGAUACAUCAUGGAGCACGGGACUCGCGCGUCCCGUUAGACAAUGUGCGGUGGCUCCAAAGCGUGAUGAAAAGGUGCGAUCUACGAGUCCUGGAAACCGAGGGACAUGGUUUGAUGGCCUCUGCAUCCGCCAUGUCGACGGUGCUUAGCGAGAUUGCUAAGGAAUGGGAAGAGUGGGAGAAAAUAGCCAUGGGUAAAGAGAAGAAGAAGAAGAAGGACGAAACGAGUUCCCCGGCAGGCUCGCGACCACGGCGGGGGAGUAAUUUAUAAUGGUCUUCUCCCUGGUGUACGAUGGCGACCAGGCGCUGGAUGCCGGGUCUGAUGUUGAUAAAUGUACAGAUGGUCAAUAGGGAGAAACAUAUGUCAUUGAUAUAGAAAGCACAUUAUUAAUCCAAAAGCGAGGCAUGAUGUUAAUUGCAGUCUGACAUGUUGGGUCAUAGAGAUGAGGAGUGAUAAUUGAAC